AUGGACUCUUGCAGACAAAAGUUUAAUGCCUUUGAUGUGACAGCCUACGAAUUAGUUCACUGUGUAUUGAUUACCGAAACAAAUGAUUUCUACAAGAUCAAUUUCGAUGAUUAUUUUAUGCGAUUUCCAAAUCAUUUGAUAACAUGUAACAAUUAUGAUGAUGCAGCUGACAACUUGGCGUUUGAUGAGGAUGACACGUUAAAUCGAGGGUCUGUAACUGGUGAUGUAUUAUGGAGAUCACAAUUAGCACAAAUUUCAGAUCGGGUGAAACAUCUACGUAAUUAUGAUGUAUCUAAACCUCACGUAAAUAAACGAGCUAAAAGAACAAGGAAAAUCUUGCUAGCUGCUGAUGAUGAAGCCUGGUUUCGGCGAAUAAACUUUCAAACUGAAGCUGAAUGGGAUUGCAAUGUUUUGCUUCAGAAUUAUGAACAAUUUUCUAUGUCAUCACAUUUUAAAAAUACAGAGGUCUUCAUUUCUGGCUUUGAUACUAGAAGUAGAGCAUCAUCGACGUCUUCACAAUCAUGUUUUUCCGAUAGCUCAAAUAAGGAAUCUAGUAUUCAAGAAUCUAAUACCGGCUGUUAUUUCCCUGCAACGUAUUUGAUUGAUGACGAUGUAGUUGUUCGUUAUGUUCGCUGUUCACAAAUGUCUGUGUUUUUAUGGCUGGUACCUUCAACGUCAGCAGGUGCCAAUGAAGAAAACAAUUAUGGAACGAUUUGUUUAUACGAUUUCUCAACAAGAUCUCACCGCUUACAAAGCUUGACUGAAUGGACCUACGUCAGCAAGACUUUUAGCCAUGAUCAUUCCUACUGCCUAUUAUUAAGUAAUGCUCUUGCUGUUCCUGCUUUUUCUGUCACCAAAGAAGAAAUUAUUAAUAAUAUGAUACUAUAUGACAAUCCUGUGAUGGCAGAGAAUCUUAGCCGUUUAAAUGGUUGGGAUCAUUGUUCAAUUCCAAUCUAUGUGCUAGAAUUAGGAUUGCAACAUCAUCGUUUAGACGUUAUUACUCUAUUUCUCAAGAAUAGGAAAGACUCAUUUACGUAUUUGCAAAAGGAUGAGAAUUGGUUAUCUAAUUCUACCGAAUCAGCAUCUGCAUCUCAUAACACUAAACGUGUCACAGAUUACCAGCAAAUUAUAACUGCAGUUGAUAUGCUUAUCAAGGCAAUUGAGACUAGUAUGCAAGAUCAUCACUUGAACUUUGGUCGUCAUUUACUAAAACUAACCAUGGAUUUUGUAAAUGGCCUCAUACGUGACGGUAUGAUGGUCUUCGAGACAGCAUUUAGUGACAGCAAGACUGGUAAAACUGAUGAAGAAUUGCCAAUAAGGAAUUUGUUAUCAGCAGUUACUGCAUGUGCGGAUCGUAUUGUCUCGCUGCGCUCGUACUUAACUAUUACCAAAAGUGACGUCACAGACAGUGCAAUUCGUAACAGACGUAAUAUCGACAAGUUAGGUCAACAAGAUAGUACAACUUGGAAAAAAUGGCUUAAAAUGAAUAGAGAGGGUAUCUUGCAAGACGCUGUUUUAAGUCGACAUAUUCCCUUAGCUCAAGCUUUUCUAAUACAAAAUAUGGGAAAUGGGCUAUUAGUAAACUGCUUAGCCGUAGUUAGAUCUUGCGUUCUAGAGUUCUUACUCUUAAAAGAUCUAGAGAAAGUUGAGGAUGUACUGACAAAUAUGGGGUUUAAUCCUAGAAGGGAACUUAAGGAUAUUAUGAUGAAUACACUUGACCGCAGUCUGCGUGAUUUCUUGAUUUCAAAGUUAUCGGAAAGAAGAUUGCUAACAGAGAGUGAGGGCCAAUUGAUCGCAUUCGCUCAUAUCGUUGAAAAAUAUUAUCCGUUUCAAUCAUUUAAACAAGCUAAAGAAACAAUUAGUGGUAUUACCAACAUCAGUGAUGAUGAAAUCUAUAGUCGCAUAGCCACUUAUAGUGGAGAAUUAAAGGAGGAAUCAUAUUUUCAUGUUUAUAAUUUUGAUGGUUCUACUCCAAUUUUUGAUGGCACGACUGGCGGUUACCUAAAUACAGCAUUAGAAUGGAUGGUUUUAUGGAGUAACCAAGACAAGGAAAAAAUAUUAUUAGAAUGUGCCUUAAAAAAUAAUUUGCAAACUGAUAUUGCUCGUACAGUAUCCAUUGCUUCUGAAUGGACGUAUUAUGUUGAUCAUCAUAUGUUAUCCACAUUACAAAAAUGGAUAUCGCAAUUAUAUAGUCAAUUUGAAGUUGAAAAUGAAAUAGCAAUUGGAGAUAGGAAUGAUACUGACAAAAGUAUAGAUGUAUUGGCUGGUAGGUCACUUUCGACAGAAUUAUGGAAUAACAUAGCGUGUACUCCCUUGAUUUAUGAUGCUAUUAUGGAUAAGUUGGCAUCAUUUGGAAUAUAUAGACAGCGCGAUAAAAUGGCUUUUAGGCAACUUCUUUAUCGUAUUACAAAAGUAGGAAGGCUCUUCUGUACUUUAAGUCCAUUUCAAGAUAAAGAGAGUAAAGAACUGAUAGAAUUUCAUAAAUCUUUUGCAAAUUACUGUAUUGCAAACAAUUUACCCAAUAUAUUAUAUCAUUACCUGGAUUAUUAUGAUCUUGAUGGUACUCGUGAUCUGGAAAUUAAAAAAAUUGUUAAAGAAUCUUCUAUCAACUGGUUAAAUGCUCUAAUAAGUUUUAGAAAGGUUGGCAAAAAUAAUCAUAAUUUAUCAUUACUACUUGCAGCAAGCUUAUCUAAUGCUGAGUUAUGCUUAGACGUAAAUUCUUCCUCAAUUUCGAACAUGUUGGAAAGUAAUCGGCCCUUGAUGGCCCUAGCAACUUGCAUGUAUGCACCUGUUGCGAUAAAUGAUCUAUUAGUUGAUCUUGAAUCGUUUCAAAGCAGUACAAGUUCUAGCUAUACUUGUAGUAAAAGCUUACUAAUUGAUAGUAUUGUAGCUUAUCCUACCUUAUCUAAAGUACUUAAUCCACAAGAUAUACCAUAUCAUGAAGAACCAAAAGAUGUCACAAUGUAUCAGUUAUUACAAGGGAAUGCUCCGUUCGAUUUAGCGCGUAUAUUAUCAUUUCAAAGUGCAGCUUCUGUGUGGCACUCAAGCGAUCAAUUAGGAGAUAUACCUCAUUUUUCAUCGCCUCCGUUAGUACAGAAACAUGCUUUCCGAGAAAGGCUAGAUUUUUCAUAUUUCUUGCGGAGUUGCCGCCCAUCGUUUGCGUUUCUAGCUUUUAUAUCAUCUUUUCACAACAAUAAUUUGAAAUUGGAAAAAGUUCAUUUAGCCAAAGCGGCAUCAAGGGCUUACAGAAUAGCAAUGAAAGAAUUUGAAGACAAUAAAAUUGCUUAUGCAUGUGCUGCGUUUACUGAAAUGCUGGGCAUUUCUAGUAGAAAACUGAGAAUCGAUAUAGAAUCUGCUAAGGUUAUAUUAUCAUAUAGAAAGUAUAAUUUUAUGACUAAUAAUAGUUACGGUUAUAAAGGCAAAUUUGUACGUGAUAAUUUAACGCAAUCUGAUCAAGCAAGAAUUACUGAUCAAUUCCUUGCGUGCUUUGGAUUUAAUGGAAAAGUCCGAGCAAUUUCAGUAUUAAGUGAACUUGAGAACGCGAUAAGUUAUAAAAUUAAGAAAGAAGGUCAAAAAAGUACUUCUUAUGCUGCCAUGAAACAAUGGCGUCUUGCUGUCGCUUUCUGUCGUGCACAUGAAAUUCCGUUAUCGACAUUAUUUCUAAUAGAUUGUGCCAUCUGUAACGAAUGGCUACCUUUCUUUUGCUUUGUUCAACAAUGCCAAUAUCCUAGUUUACAAGUGAUUAAAAUUAUUAAGCAGUAUUUUUCCGAUUCUAAUAUAAAAGAGCAUCUAUUACUUGCAAUAAAUAAUAUAAGAACUGUUGAAUUGAAGAGGAAAGAUUCAGCAGGUAAAGGAAGACAUCUUAGACAUAAAAAGCGUAAUUUGGCUCACGAUAGGAAAAGGAAAUUAGUGUAUACCCGCGAUCCAAGACAGCCUUUUUACUUUAAGAUUGGAGUUAAAAAAACUAAUACCUUAGAGUUAGGAUCAAUGACUACCAAUGCUUGGUAUACGGCCACAUCUGGUCAAGUGACCGAUAAUCCAGCUGAUUAUGAUCAGAAGUUGCUAAUUCGAGAGCAGGCUGAAGGAAGCGAUCAACCACUAUCUGGCGUCCUUGACACUGAUAGCGACGUAGCUAGUCCUCCAGAUGACCUCUUCGAAGUUGUCUUCCAUUGUCAGUCUACUGGGAUGCCAUACCGCUCUCUACUUGCGUAUGCUAUUUUUUACCAGAGGCCUUUGCUAGCGAUUCUCGCUGGAUCUUAUAACGAUAGCUACGUUUCAGUAGACUGUAUCUGUUCGUAUCUAUACGCCAUCUAUGGUAACAGGGUAUUUCAGAGCAUAGACCGCCAACUAUUUGGAUCUGAUCGUGCUUGUUUCUCUGACGUAUUACAAAAUGAUUGGCAGCCUGAGCAUUUAUGCAUUAUCCUUUUAACGGCUAUGGAAAAAAAGCAAUUUUUUCCUUAUAUCGUCAAAGCCUUCCGAAUAUUCGACCCUGAUUGCCCCUUUUUGGCUUUCUUAAAAUUUUGUGAAUCAUUUUACUUUGAUUGUGAUGAAACUGCCUCUACUUCCUACUUUCUUGAAUUUAUCGAAUUAUCUCGUCUAACCAAAGAAGGAUUACCUGAAGAAAAUAUUAUGGACAAAAAAUAUAUCCGUGAUACCGACUGGAUGAUGAAUACUGCUUCACAGAUGAUUGAUACCAUGCUAAAACUUUGUGAGACAUCAUACGAACUACAUUUCCUUCUGAGAAUAUUAAAAGAUGUUGAAGUUGAAAAUAAUAACAAAGCAUUUGAAGGACAGGAUUAUAAAUUUAUGUACCAGGUUUUCACUUUAAUAGUGGAUGCCGGUGUUGAUAUAGAUAUAUUAGCCCUUGUCCCAGGAAUUGCCGAUAUUGUUAAUUCAAAAAAUGAAACAGAACGUGUUAUUAACAAAUUCCUUGAGUUAAAGCUGUUUGAUAAGGCACGAGAACUUGCCGAAUUAUUAGACUUUUCAAAAGAUAUCACUUUUAUUGCAGAAAUCUUAUACGAAAUCCUGGACUUAUCACAAACAAAUAUUUGGUUAUCUGUUGAUACGCGUUUAACUUUUUGGGAGAAUAGUCGGCUAUACCUAAAAGAUCGAGGAUGUACAUCGAAUGUUAUCUGCAAGUUCUUUAAGGAUUUCGCCAUUGGCCAGUGCGAUUAUAAAUUCAUAAGUUUACCUGAAGUAUCAUGGUUACAUCCGAAGGAGCAAGCAAUUUUAAUGGCGAUAUCUAUAGAAUGGCUUUUUGAAUUCUCAAAUGAAGUACCUGGAAACGAACAAAAAAGUGCUGCCCAGAGACAAAGAAUCAUUAGUGAUGUAGCUGUUAAAGCUUGGAAAUAUCUCAUAGCAGCUAAAUUGAAGGACAGGAAUGGAGACUGCUUGUCAGCUGAAUUUGUUUUAGAUAUUAGCCAACGGAUUAUAAAUUCAUUAAAUUCAGUUCUUGAUAACUGUGUUACUGAUGAACGGAUUGAUAUUUUCCGACCUAUUGAGGAAUAUAUAGUAUUCAAACAGACCAAAUCAGCAACAUUUCUGCAGAGAGAAAGCGAAAGGACUGCCCUGGAAUCGUUUAUUGGACAUUUAUUGAGUGCAAACAGAAUUAGAGAAGCAUGCUACUUAUGUCGACUAUUCCAUUUCGAAAGUCAAGAUCUGAAUGUCAUCUGGACAUGUUUAAGCUUAGCCCGUGGUGAGUUAUCACCUGAUGGCAUUGAAGAAGAUAUGAAGAAACUACUGAAUUCGUCGCCAAUUCUAAAACAAAAACAGCUGUCAAUUAGAACUGGUGUUUUAAUUAAUGGAGAAAUGCUAACCAGUGAUGAUAUAAUCAGUAGUGAGCAAGAUAAAAAUAUUAUUAUGACCAUUGGACAACUAAUUAAUCAUUGUGAAUCUGGCAGAAACUGUUGUGAGCGCAUAAUGAUACGCUAUAUGCUUGCUAUGGGGCUUAAGAAAGAAUAUUCGAUUGUUGCAACUGAAGAUAACCUUGAAUUAUUGAAGCAGCUUAUGAUGACUUCUUUGGUAUCGAAAUUUUCUUUGGCGUCCGAAUACGUCAGGAUCUUUAAUCUUAGCAAUGAUCAGGCAACUGAAUUUGUAAGCGAUUUUAUUAUCGAAACAAUUAAAGCAUACGCGAACCAUGGAUUUGUGGUUGAUGAAAGACAUUCCUAUAUUUUUAAUCCUGAAUGGUCAUUUAAAGAGUUUCAAAGUAUUGCGAAAAUUUGUAGAGACCCUAGUUUUAUUGGAAAUAAUCUACUUAAUACUGCUAAGGAAACGAUUGGAAAUGAUAAAAUUAGCGCGACAGAUAUUUCUAUUAUCGUUGAACUAUUGAUACGAUCUCAUGAUUGUUACACUUCGGCGUGCAGUAUGGAUGGCAUUGCUAAAGUGUUGCGUGUCGUGAAGAGAUGCACUAACAAAUUAUCACAAUUACAGAUGUAUAAGAGAAUGAUCCGUCUUCUAAUUGGUAUUGGUCGUUACAGAGAAAUGAGCUAUAUUAUCGAUAUACUUCUUCAAUCUGAUCAAUUUGAAAUAUUAAUGAGUCGAUUAUCCAAUAAGGCCAAAAAUUUUCGAGUAGUGAUUUUAGAGUACUUAAAACGUAAUUACCCUGAAGAUCGGGAAAAGUAUUCUAUGGCAGCGUUACGAUUUUCUAUGCAUCGUGAAAUUGGAGAUACUUUACGAGAAAUGGCUAGGAAAAUUUUGAGAACCUUAAAACGACAAGGAAUAGAAAAUAAGCCUAAUGCUAAACAGGAAUUAAAGUGUUCAUUUCAGUAUUUUACGGAUGCAGCUAAAGAAUACUCCAAGGAGGGAUGCUAUCGUAUGGCACAACAGUGUGCAAUGAAUGCCAGAUUAGUGGAUGUACAAAUUCGUUUACUGGAAUUUGAAAUACCUGUAAUUGGCCUUAGUGAAUACGAACUUCAUAAAUUUAUGGUUAACCAUAAGAACUUCUUUGAGGCUCUCGUUGUAGCACAAGCUUAUAAAAAGCAUAAUGUUUUGGAUUGGAGUAGCAGUAUUCUUGAGCAAGUGAUUAGAAACGGAAAUUUCAAGUACUUUCAAGAUUUUCGAUCUGCAUUUGCAAUAUCAAAUGCAUUUUAUCAAGAUUUGUCCAAGAAAUAUCUGCAAUUCAUUAAAGAUAAACCGUUAUCAUCAGCAUUAAACAAUAACAUGCGCUUAGUAAUCAACUUUGUUAAAGAGAUCAAGUUACGAUAUGAAUUGUCCGUAGAGUUAGGUCUUACAGAUAUUGUUAAGGAAUUAUUAAAUAGCCAUAAUGGUGCUUUUAUUAAAGAUACUUGCAAGGCUUAA